AUGAAAUUUUGUAAGCUCUAUUCAUGGAGAACUUUUGUUUAUUUAUCUACUACCACAAUCAUUGUUGUCAUUCAUCGUUUAAUUUCGGAUCCUAAAAAUUUACAUGUCAAUGAAAAUGUACCAGCAAAUCGAGCUAUGGUUUCCGUUGAAUAUAAUUCAAUGACAACAAAUAGAAUAACGCCACGGAAAAUCACUGAACGCUGUCGUCCGUAUUCUAUACGUGACUCUCGGCCAUUUUUUGAGCGUGAACCUAAACAGAUGAAUCUUCCACGACGUUUUUCGAAUCAUUCCCGUUAUGGUCUAUUGAGAACACUUAAAAGCUUGCGAUUAGUUGUUGUUGCUUGUGCGCAUAAUGUGGCAAAAGAGAUUCCGCAAUUUCGCUCGCAUGUAGAACAAAUUAUUCAUCUGCUUCAUUCAUCGUCGCGUAUUCUCAUAUUCGAAAGUGAUUCAACCGAUAAUACUCUUGCGUCACUACAUCAAUGGACCACAGCCCAGGUAUAUACGGGAGGUCGACUAGAGCCAACGAUUCCGGCUCGUAGUGAACGCAUCGCGUAUUGCCGCAACACUCUUCUUCAUAAAGCUCGUAUGCUUGAGCCCGAUUAUCUUUUGACACUUGACAUGGAUAUAUUUGUUGGUAGCCUUUCAGCAUUCCAAACGAAUUUCGAUUAUGACAUGAAAGAGUGGUCUGUCAUGACAGCAAACGUUGGUGGCUCCUACUACGACAUUUGGGCCUUGCGCACAUUAUCUGAAUUGAAUCUUAACUAUGAUGUAUGGCAACGAGUAUGGGCACUGAUUCGCGGAUCGUCAAAAUAUUGUGGAGAAUCUGUUGGGUGUGGGGUGUGGGUGUGGGUG